CAUCUCAUCACAUGUCCUGAGCUCCUGAAGAACCUCACAAAAGUACAGCAAAAAUCACAGUUAUUCGGGGUAUAUGCGCUUCACUAGAUCUACUGGAUCAUCUGAGAGAUUCAACUGAAUCAAGAUGCUGCUGAUGAUUGAAGCUCUUCUUUUAAUUUCAGCUGCUGUAGGACAGGAUCCAAGAAGUGAUGCUGCUGAUGGACCGAUAUUUCCAUUGGAUAUGGCAGAAAAUUCAGUUGAUGACCUUUAUGUUGGUUGCAAAACUAACAUGGCAGACCAGGUGAAGACAGUAUUGUUAAAGAAUGAACUCAAUAUGUUACCUGAAUUUAAAACAGUCUGGCAGAAUGGUGAAAGGAAUGCCAAGAUCCCAAAUGAUAACUUGACAUGGGAUCAUUCAGUUGCCAUUUAUGUGUACACUAAUUCAGAUUUUAAUCUGUAUCAGAAUUUCAAUAAUGCUGUUCGUACUGAAAAACAAAAUUACCAAGACAAGGAAUUCCCAUGGUAUUCACUUUUCUUUUUCCUGACAGAAGCAAUACAAAUUCUGAAAGAAAUGCAAAAUGGAUGCAAAUUAACAUAUCGUGGUACAAAUGUUGAAUUUCAUGAGAAUGUCCUGAACACAGAGGUUCGUUUCGGCCAGUUUGCUUCAUCCUCACUUGAUCGUACAGAAGCAAGAGUAUUUGGAACUAAAUCUUGUUUUGAAAUCAGAACUUGUGAAGGUGCUGAUCUGACAAAAUACUCUAAAUUUCCUAAUGAGAAAGAGGUACUGAUUCCUCCAUAUGAGAAGUUUAGUGUCACUGCAGUCAAGAGAAGAACAGAUUAUGAAGAUCUCUGGUGUGACACUGUGUACAUAUUGGAAAGCACUGGAGUAAGAAGUGACCUGAACUGUGCGUUCUUCAGGAAUCAAGCGGAGACAUGUAAAACAUCAGCAUUAAACAAUAAUGCAUUUUGCAGAUGCGUUCUUCAAAAACUAGGUAGAUUGCAUUCAAGUUAUAUAAUCGAUCAGUCAGAGGAGUUUUUAGGCAAUAUAGGAGGUUGCUCUGUGCUUCGUCAGCUGAGCAGACGCAGAGUCUAUCCCAUGAAUAGAGGAAUUAACUUGCUGAACCAAAAUAAUCAGAAACGGCUCUGCUAUCAGUUCUUGUAUUCCAUGAGAAUCAACCGUAACAUUCUGACUUUACUAAAGCCUUGUUGUAGCGUCUGUGAUAAAGUAAUAAUUCAAAAGUUAUACAAUUUCACUUGAUCGGUCUAUUCAUUUCAGUUAAAGUUUAUUUGUAUUGUUUUUCACAAAGCAGUUUUACAGAAAAUGCAUGCUAUGUUACAACCAAGAGUAAUCUGAUAUCUAUCCAAUAACUACAUAUUACUUGUAAUUUUUUUGGUUAUUUUCCUAUUAAUGCUAGAUUUUGUGUUUUAUGUUGUAUUGUCUACAAAAGAAAGUUAGGGAUCAGGGAAUGUUUCCAUUUAUAAGUUUUUGAGGUAUGAUACG